GGAUGGACCCUUUCAUUUGCAAUUGAGAUUGACUGUGAAAAGUUUUAACACAUAUCCGCGCACAAGAAGGUUUGCUUUGAGGAUUGCUGCGCUCAUUCAUGCCCUCCAAUAAAACGCGCCCCCGGCCUGUAGGCUAAAGCUGCGCCGUUUCCUAUUCGAUUCUGAUGUUGAUAGGCUCGUUUACCGGCAUUCUUCUUUCAAUGCGGGGAGCCGGGCCAUGGCCAUUUUCAUGGUCACACCACCUGAGGGUAUCUUGAGGUGACAAACCAAACGAAACCCAGGGGGUAUCGGGGGAAAAUCGGUCUUUUAAACCGGUAGUUAGGCGUGGUGUGAAAAUUCACCACCGCGCGUCCCAGCUCCUACUGCGCUAACGCGCUUCUGAAUGGGAGAGGAGUCCCGAAAGACCCUCUAAAAAAUAACCACUGUAUUUGUGUCGCACGUGAAUUUUGUAACGUGACGCUAAUUUUUCUGAAUAACUGCAUGAACAAAUUAACCCGUCAUUAAUUUUUAUUUAUUUAUUUAAAUUUAUUAGAAUUGUUUAGGUGGUUCAGCUGAGGUUAAAAAGCUUACAUUAGGCUAUUACAAUAAGCAAUUAAUCUUUUUUUCAAUAAUUAUGUUUAUAUGAACAUUUUUUAUUUUAUUUUAUUUUUUCCAUUUUUUAAAUAUUAAAAUGAAGUCCACAUGGAGAAAAAUAUUUUGUAAUGUGAUCCAAACCUCAAAAAAUAGGCCAUAUUUCAGGUCAAAUAACCUAUGGAAAACUUCAAAAAUAUCGACCUAGGCCUAUUUUAAAUAACUACAUUAACACAAUAUCGCCUAUAUGUUUGUAAAAAUGCUUUUUCUUUUUUUACAGUUUUUUAAAUUUUUCUAAAAAAUGCAAUAAUAAAGUUAAAAAGACCUUUAAUACUGAGUGUAAAAACGUCUUGCGUUUUGUUCCUAAUAUUUAGAAAAACAAUUUAAGAUGUAUGUAUAUGUCUCUGUAUAAUAAAAUUGUAAAAUUCAUCUUUCACGUUGGCGUAAAAAGCUGGCCCCAAACAAGUGUUAAACAGGCCUGCUUUUAUUACGUGCGGCUGAUACAGCAUGCACUUUUAUUUCACCGUUUCCUUGGUGUGAGAUGCCUAGGACCCGCAUCUCGUAUGCGGAUCGUUUUGUUCCAGCAGGUCAGAGCCCCCCACACCUGCCCGCUGUCCUGAAUCCCCGCGGUGACACUCCACCCCUAUUGGUCUGACCAUCGGCGGACCAAAGACAGAAUGCGUGCGGCCUCUCAUAAAUACCCCUCAUUUCCGUGACUCCUGCAAACCGGCCGCAAGCCUCGCCAGCCGCAAGUCGCGUCCAGCACAUUUCGGGGUCUCCAACCAUGACCCUUUCCCAGGAUUACGAAGAAGUGCAUCGCACCCCCGUGUCUCCCGAGGACGAUGAAAUAGACAUCGUCGGAGGAGAGCACAGUGAUAGCGACCGAGAGUAUUUCAUCGUGCCGUGCAGGGACCCCGCGGAGGCGGAGCACUCGGGGUCCGAGUCUUCAGGAGAGAGCGAGAGCGGCUUCCCCGCCGCGUCCGCUCCGAAGCAGACCUCCGCCGUCAAACCUCCGUACUCCUACAUCGCCCUCAUAACCAUGGCGAUCCUCCAGAGCCCGAUGAAGAAGCUGACCCUCAGCGGCAUCUGCGACUUCAUCAGCAACAAGUUCCCGUACUACAAGGAGAAGUUCCCCGCGUGGCAGAACUCCAUCCGGCACAACUUGUCGCUCAACGACUGCUUCAUCAAGAUCCCACGGGAGCCCGGAAACCCUGGGAAAGGCAACUACUGGUCGCUGGACCCUGCGUCCGAGGACAUGUUCGACAACGGCAGCUUUCUGCGCAGGAGGAAAAGGUUCAAGAGGAACCAGCCCGAGUUCGCCAAAGACGGCCUGGUGCUUUACCACCCGACGUUAAGUUAUCGAGCAUAUGGACGACCUUACUGCGUCUCUGGGCCGGUUCCAGCCCAGGCUAAUCCCGUUGGAUAUUUGCCAGUGCCGGACGGCAUCAUGGUGUCACCUCCAUAUUUCCAAUAUCAGACCCUCAACAUCAAAGUCCACGAAGCUCCAGAAAUCCAGCAAAGGCCCGAGCGCAAGAAGUGCUCGUUCAGCAUUGACAGCAUCAUGGCCAGGUCGGCAGCGUCUCCUCACAAAGGCUCUCCCCAUCAUCUCCCGCCUGACUGUAGUUAUGUGUUUCCUAGGCCGACGUCGUGCCUGACUCCCGGUUUGCUAGCAGCGCCGGCAAGGACUCCUCUGCUGAAGACCGGUCCUUUCAGAGAAACUCUGCGGAUGGCCUAUCCUCACUGUUGAACUGCGCCCGGAAACGUCGUUUUAAAUAGACUUGUAACAUAAGAUGUGUCUGUCGUUGCUCUUAUAUAUUAGUUUUAAUGUAAAUAAAUAAAUGGUAAUAUAUUUGCUGGUCUAAAAUCCCGGGAAGUUGGAUGUAUUCAAAUGUCUGUUUAAAUAAACCACCAUCGUCAAA